GAGAAAGAAGUCAAAGGAAAAAAUGCCAAACCAGAAAAUGCAGGCAGUGAAACUUUAAGGUUGAAGCUUUGGGAGAUCUUAGGAAAUGUUUCUUCCCAAAACAAGCAGUGUCCAAAUUCUCCAGUUCUCGAGCAGGAUGCAAACGCCUCUCACCCAAAGCACAAAGACACAGGAUAUCAUGUUGAUGAGCCUAGGCAAAAUUCAGAUACUAUAGAAAGUGAUACUCAAAGUCAUGAGUACGCUAUUAGGAGACCGGUUACUCGUUCUUUAGCUCGAAAAAGAGCUCCUGCUAAGUUGAAAUCAUACAGUAGAAAAAGGCCACCGGCAUGUAAGGAGGAUGGCUUAGAGAAAAAUCCCUUCCUUUCAAAAGAUCGGUGGUCUAGAACAUUAUGUGAUGCUGGCACUGAUAGCUCGUUGAUGGAAAAUGGAAGGAGAGGCAAGAGGAAGAGUCACCAGAUGGAUGCAUCCAAGAUUUGCAAGCAGAACAACGUAAUGAAAGGUGAAGACGCAAGCAAUAGUCAUAAAAGAGUACUACUUGCUGAGAAAUUUGUAUUUCCUGGUGUUGCAGCUGGUAAUGGUACUACUUUGUUUGAGGAGAAAAAAGACGAGAUGGACCAGCCAAAUGCUGAUAACCUAGAAUCCCCUGUUGUAGAGAUGACUGAGCAGCUUAGAAAUCUGCAAGAACAUGUAGAUCAGCAUGGAGACUCAGCAGAUAAAUCCAAGAGGAAAGCAUUGGAUUCGGACUCUGACGAACAAAUCCCAACUUUGGCAAUGAAAACACCUAGCAGAAAAUCGUUUCCUGGAUUUGCACCAAGAAGCGAUCAGGGGCAACCGCAUGGUAAUGUUCAUGAACAUAUAACAUCUAAAACUGAGGGAAUCUCUAAUGUCAAGAGCUCUGAUUCUGGCGGAAGAUCUUUUCCUGGAUUUGCGCCAAGAAGCAAUCUGGGGCAACCACAUGGUGAUGUUCAUGAACAUAUAACAUCUAAAACUGAGGGAAUUUCUAAUGUCAAGAGCUCUGAUUCUGGCAGAAAAUCUUUUCCUGGAUUUGCACUAAGAAGCAAUCUGGGGCAACCACCUGGUGAUGUUCAUGAACAUAUAACAUCUAAAACUGAGGGAAUUUCUAAUGUCAAGAGAUUUGGUCCUGGCAGAAAAUCUUUUCCUGAAUUUGCACCAAGAAGUAAUCUGGGGCAACCACAUGGUGAUGUUCAUGAACAUAUAACAUCUAAAACUGAGGGAAUUUCUAAUGUCAAGAGAUUUGGUCCUGGCAGAAAAUCUUUUCCUGAAUUUGCACCAAGAAGUAAUCUGGGGCAACCACAUGGUGAUGUUCAUGAACAUAUUACAUCUAAAACUGAGGGCAUUUGUAAGGUCAAGAGCUUUGAUGGACUUAAACGAGAAUACAAGUCCAAUGCAUUGGAUGAGUCAUCUGAUGAUGCAGGGAAAUUGGGAAGUUCUCCUUUUUCUGAAUCAAGGCCUAUCAAGGAAGAAGAUACACAGCUUAGGUUUUCUAGACCGUCAUCCAUGGAAAGUGAUGCUGAGGGCUCUGAAGACAGUUCAAACAUUCAAGGUGGUAUACAGACACAACUGUCUCCUGAAAUCGGUAAUACCAAGGAACAAGAGGCUCCUCGACCAAACAAAAGACUCUUCAACAAAGAUGAUGCUAAUCUUUCUGGAGUUAAUCUUGCUGCAGCCUCUUCUAAAGGAAUUGAUUGUAGGAAGCUUGAGAGGUAUUUAGCACAGAAUGAAGAGGAUGCGCUAACUAGUGCCAUGACCUUAUUUGCUAUCUCGUUGGAGAAAGUUAGAAGCAAAAUGAAGUCUGUUACUAACCAACGAUCUGCUGAGAUUCUGGAGUCUGUUGCGGAGAAUAUACAUACGCAGUUGCAGAAUGCCGAGUUUCAGAUUAAAGCAGACAUGGGAAAGAUAACCAGUCUGAAUAAAUCAAAGAGAAAGCAUGUAGAAGAAGUGCUUCAAGAGAAACAGCAGCAUCUGAAUGCCAUAUACGAAAGAUUCAAAGAAGAGGUCAAUCAGCAUCUCCAGGAUUGCAAGAGCACACUUGAAUCUCUAGAAGCACACGAAGUUGAAGUGAAAGCAACUGUGGAAAAGAGAAAAGCAUCAAGUAGGAAACUACUUUUGGAAGCGGAAGAGGCAAUUGAGACUCAGCUUGAUUAUGCUGAAAGAAGGAUUAAUUCGAUCCACCAUGUGGCAAGAGAGAAGAUGUGUCAGCUGAAACUUGUGGUUGCUGAAUGUUUAAAAGAGGGUGUCCUUGGUUGAUAUAGGGUAUUGUUCAACAAUCUCGAGGUUUCAGAAGACCACCGUUCUAGGCAUAUCUGCCUCUAAUGCGUGGUAAAGAAUAGCUAUUACAUUAUUUCCCAAGGAGUAGAUUUUUUUACUUUCUUUUCAGGGCUUAUGGCGUCUAUUUUUCCUAUAGUUCACUAGUACUUGGAUAGAUGCACUUAUCAACAUUUUCUUUAAGAGACGCACUUUCUCGGAAUCCUUCUGUGUAGCUUGUCGUGACAAGUUUAAAGUUCUCCCGAUUUAUGCUUCUUGGAGGGAACACAGCAAAAUUUCUCGUUGGUUAAGAGAAUAGGCUCCUCAAUUUAGCUAAUGACUCGGACCGAUGGUCAUCGUCCUGUUAUACUUUCACGAGCCAACCAAAGAAAAUGACUUUGGUUCAUGAUCCUUGAAUUAUUCAAUUGAGGUUUGUAUAGAGAGAGAAGGUUAUAUUACGCCUUAUGUACUCAGAAUAGAAGUACUCA